AUGCUCAUCUGUGUCAGCUUUUUGCUGACCAUCCUCCUUGAAGUGACAUACCGGGGACCUCCAUGCCCACCUCAUCAAGCCCAAAGGUUACUGUUGAUGACAAGUUAUUGUGUACACUCUACUGUGGUUUCCCACUGUACUCGCACCUUGGUCACCUCUGUCCUGUAUCUACAUGCUGAGGCCCAUAAAACCACCUUUGACCUGCAUCUGCCUCACCUUCCCUUUAUCUCCAAUUUCACUUAUGUAUGCCUGCUUCCAAACUUAUUGACCAUCAACAAUAAAGUCUAUGUUGUGGAAGUCAAUGAGAAGCACCAGGCAAAGAAAAUCUGUGAGAAAGCCUAUCAGCAGGGAAAUGCAGUUGCUCAUGUGGGCAUCAAGAUAAGGCUUCAUCCAGGACUAGAAGAAGAGAAGUUUGGAAUCUCUACUAGCCCGGCAGCAGGUCUGGAGGAGUUUUCCAUGGUCUAUGAGGGGCUGCUAUAAUGGUUCCAGGGACAGUACCUGGCAGUGGUUAGCUUGAAGCUUGGCCAGUUGGUCACAAGGCUGACUGUGGAGGUCACAGUGUCAGAAAGAAUGGGAACUGGCUAUGUUCACAUGCCACCUCUGAAGGCCAGCCACCUGUGUACCAACACCCACAGGGGAAUAUCAGCAGCACUAUGUGAGGCUGACUCGUCCCCUUCUACCAGGAUUGAGAGGGGAGAGACCCGUGUCUGAAUCACCUUCUGCCCAGCACUGCAAGACCAGUCUGCCUUUUCCAGUUCAGGCACCAUGGCCCACUUUGUGGUCCAGCAUGGAGUCAUGGAGGGCAUCGCUGGAGAUGUGCAGAUUUACGAGGGCGAUUUUAUUCAUUAUUUUGCCCCCAGAAGCCUCCCACCUGUCAAGAAAAACGUGGGAUUCGUUGUUGAUACAAGCGGCGGCUCUAUGUUUGGCACCACGAUGAAGCAGACUGAAAGGGCCACGAACGUGAUCCUGGGUGGCGUGCGGGUCAACGACCACUUCUAAACCAUCACCUUUUCUGACUCGGUUAGCAUAGCUAGCAUCCAGAAUAUCCACAGCACCAAGGACUACCUGGGUCACAUGGAAGCUGGUGGUUGGACCAACAUCAGUGCAGCUCUGCUCAGCAUAGCAUUGCUAAACCACAGCAAUCAGGAGACUGGUCAGGGCUGCAGUGUGGGGAGGAUCCGUCUCAUCAUCUUCUUGACAGAUGCGGAGCCCAUAGCCAGUGUGAUGACCCCUAGGGUGAUCCUCUCCAACAUCUGUCAGGCACUGGGCAACAGGGUGUCCCUUUUUAGUUUGGCCUUCAGGGAUGAGGCUGACUUCCCAUUGCUGUGUCACCUGCCCCUGGAGAACCAGGGAGAAGCCUGGUGCACGUAUGAGGGCACUGAUGCAGCCCUACAGCUGAAGGGCCUCUAUGAGGAGAUCUCCAUUCCUCCGCUGGCAGACGUGCAUUCUUGAAGGGAGAGCUCCCCUCCUCUGGGAGGCUUGGCUGGGGCCUCCCCUUGGACUUUUCCCCAUUAUUUUCAUGGCUCAGAACUGGUGGUGGCAGGACAGGCACAGGCAGGCAGGGGAAAGCAGGAACUUGGCAUCCACCUGGCAGCCUGUGGCCCCAAGAGUCAGCUUCUUGUGGCCUGCCACAGUGAGGCAGCCACCAAGAGCCAGAAGAACUCUGGUGUCCCAGGGGAGUGGGCCUACAACGUAGCCCACUUCACCUGCUGCCUCUGGGCCUACACCACCAGUGGAGAGUUGCUGAGGGAUGCUUCCAAGUCUGCUCGCCGCCUGCUGGCCACCAAAGUCCUCAAGCUGUCCCUUGAAAACAAUGUUGUCAUACCUCUGACUUCACUGGUCAUGGUGCAGCCCAAGGAGGCAAGUGGGAAGGUCAGAUCACAGAUUUCCACUGCAGCUGUACUAGGCACCAUUAUGCCUUCAUCCGCCAGCAGACGUGGCCUCGGGACAGGCACAGCCCCAUCAGCCUUGUUACCCAAGGUCUCUCCCAAAUUAGGGCUUGUGAAACCAAGGUCCUACUUAUCCUCAACGGCUCCUGCUUCUACAGAAAUUAUGUCCAGUUCCAAGGAGUUGGAGCCACUGGGUCAGGACACUAGUACCCUAUCCACCCCAGCACACCCCAAAUCCCCAAAUCCUACACAACAGGAUUCUGGCACUUUGGUUCAGCCAACUCUCGCCAACUCUCAGGGCUACCUUUGGCCCUCAAACUCUGGUGCCCUAUUGCUUCUGAAGCCCAGCGUGCCAUCACACCAGAAUCCUGGUACCCUAUUACCCAUCACUGCCAAGACACAAGUCCCACUUCUGAAUCCUAGCACCCCAUCCCAGCCCAAAGCUGGCAUUGUGAAACAUGAUAUUCCACUGUCCUCCAAACCUGGUGUUCCACCACAACACAAACUGGAUGCUCUAUCACAUUCCCAACUUGGGGUACUCACAUCACAGUCACCCAAAAGCUUGCCACAGGCCAAUCCUGGAGUCUCCAUGCUUCAGGUCUUCAAACAUUAUCACAAAACUAGACCAAAGGUUCCUGCUCACAAGACCCCAAACAAUCUGUCACACCCUAAACCCAGCAUCCUCUUAACCUUAUCAUUUUCCAAACCUAGGACCCCAAUCCCCAAUAAACCCAAAACCCCGUUACCUCCCAGACCUGUCAGACCAAUGCCCCUACCUCCUCAGGAUCCAAACACAUUCACAAGCACAACCUCAAGUCCUGCAAGUCCCAGCAAGACCAUGACCACCUCUGUCUUUGGAGCACCCUUCCCAAUUCCCUUUGACUCCACCUUGCCCUUUCUGCUGCUGAGAAAGCUCUGGCUUCAGCAGGAUCUGCUGCUGGGGCCCCAAAUCACCAGGCAAAUUCUGGGACUACCUGUGUCAGAAGUCCCAACAAUGGGCCUCUCCAGCAGCUCCAGGCCUAUGCCAGAAGAGCCCCCAAAUGUGCCAGUCUUGCUGCCUUCUAGCAUCCUCCCUGAGGUGGCCAGCCUGCUCCAUUUCCCUGAGGAGCUAGAGCUGCUGUCUAAGUCAAUGGUGGAGUCCAUGAUCAUGGAGUCCUUGAACACACCAGCUUUCUAUACCUUCCUCACUCCUGAUGAAGAUGGUGAGUGCCACGGGCAAGAGGUCAAGCCAUGA